AUGCCAAAAGUUUACUUACUUGAUUACGUCGCUGGGAAUGUGCGGAGUUUAGUCAAUGCAAUUGAGAAGGUGGGAUACACGGUGGAAUGGAUAAAGUCACCAGAAGAUGUUGAGAAAGCGGAUAAACUCAUACUCCCGGGAGUAGGUCAUUUCGGCCAUUGCAUGACCCAAUUCGCCGAAGCCAAUUACCUACCCGCGAUUCGAAAACACAUUGACUCUGGAAAACCGUUCAUGGGAAUUUGCGUCGGACUACAAGCAUUAUUUGAAGGAUCGUCGGAAGCUCCCUCCGUUUCUGGGCUCGGUGUUAUAAAAGGACGUCUCGAUCGUUUCGAUGACUCCUCGAAAUCUGUACCUCACAUAGGUUGGAACUCUGCGAAUACGACAGAUAAGAAGGUCUAUGGGCUGCUACCUAGUUCGAAAUAUUACUACGUUCACAGCUAUAAAGUACCGUACAAAAAGGGCGAGCUGGAGGCGCAGGGAUGUUCAGUCGCGACAGCUCGAUAUGGAGACGAGGAGUUUGUGGGUGCCGUUGCAAAAGAUAACGUCCUCGCGACGCAGUUUCAUCCAGAGAAAAGUGGUGCUGCGGGACUGCGGGUUCUAAAAGCUUUCCUGGAUGGCGAGAAAGAAAGUGGUAUAGCUGGGUUGGAAGCUAUGGAAGAGGGAUUGACAAGAAGGGUGAUUGCAUGCUUAGAUGUGCGGACAAACGACCAGGGCGAUUUGGUCGUGACAAAGGGUGACCAAUAUGAUGUGAGGGAAAAGACGGAUGGCGGAAACGUUAGGAAUUUGGGAAAGCCAGUGGAAAUGGCGAGGAAAUACUAUGAACAAGGUGCAGAUGAAGUGACGUUUCUUAACAUCACAAGUUUUAGGGACUGUCCCAUAGCAGAUUUACCGAUGCUGGAAAUUCUGCGGCAAACAUCGAAAACUGUUUUCGUUCCCCUGACAAUAGGUGGCGGGAUCAGGGACACGACAGAUACUGAUGGUACGAAAGUCUCAGCUCUCGAAAUCGCAACUAUGUACUUCAAAAGCGGAGCGGAUAAAGUGUCGAUAGGUUCAGACGCCGUUACAGCAGCUGAAGAAUAUUAUGCUGCCGGCAAGAAGCUUUCGGGAAAGACGGCGAUUGAGCAGAUAUCUCAAGCUUAUGGAAAUCAAGCCGUGGUAGUAAGCGUCGACCCAAAACGAGUAUACGUCGCCGAUUCAUCAGAAACAAAACACAACGCGAUACCCACCACGACGCCUGGUCCAAAUCGAGAGAAAUACUGUUGGUACGCAUGUACUAUCAAAGGUGGUCGAGAAACGCGAGAUAUGGAUGUGGUUGAGCUCACACAAGCUGUCGAAGCAAUGGGCUGUGGGGAAAUUCUGCUGAAUUGUAUUGACAAAGAUGGAACGAACAGUGGUUUCGAUCUAGAACUCAUAAACCAAGUCAAGAAUGCGAUCAAAAUCCCGGUGAUAGCUUCUAGCGGAGCUGGAAACCCAGGUCAUUUUGGAGAGGUGUUCGCGAAGACCAAGACGGAUGCCGCGCUAGGAGCUGGGAUGUUCCACCGAGGAGAGUAUACUGUGAAAGAUGUUAAAGAUUUCCUUGGGAAAGAAGGACUUUUGGUUAGACAGUUUGAGGAUAGCAUAUGA